GAACAAUGCGCUACUCCGCCAUUUCUGUGUAGGUUGAUAAGCGAAGCGAUUCAAUCAAAUUCUGAACUUUAUCAUCAAUUCGGAGAAAGAAUUUAGCUCGUGAAUCCAAUAACUUGCUGAUCCUACAGAUAUUGAAUAUGUAUUUCGAUGGAUAUGAAUAUCAUCAAGGUAGGUCUUUUGAGCAGACAUACAGGUGUUACCCUGCAUCUUUCAUUGAUAAGCAACAGAUUGAAAAUGGUGAUAAAAUUAUAAUGCCUCCAUCAGCCCUUGACCGUCUGGCAUCACUUCACAUUGAUUACCCUAUGUUGUUUGAGCUUCGAAAUGCUGCCACCGAGCGCGUUUCUCACUGUGGGGUUCUAGAGUUUGUUGCUGAAGAGGGCGUGGUAUAUUUGCCAUACUGGAUGAUGGAGAACUUACUAUUACAAGAAGGAGAUACUAUGCAAGUGAAAAAUGCCACUCUUCCAAAAGGGACAUAUGUUAAACUACAACCGCACACCAAAGAUUUCUUGGAUAUCUCCAAUCCUAAGGCCAUUUUGGAGACAACACUACGAAACUUUUCUUGCCUGACAAUUGGAGAUAGUAUUAUGGUUGCAUACAACAACAAAAAGUUUUACAUUGACAUUGUCGAAGCAAAACCUUCCCAUGCAGUGAGUAUUAUCGAGACCGAUUGUGAAGUGGACUUUGCACCUCCCCUUGAUUACAAGGAACCUGAAAAACCUGUUAAAUCUGUUCCAUCUAGCAAGGCGCCACUUAAAGCAGAAGAGGCCCCAGAAGAAACUGAACCAAAGUUUAACCCAUUUAGUGGAGCGGGUAAACGUUUAGAUGGGAAACCUAUAAAGAACCCUCCCCCUCCUGUGUCUUCUUCCAGCAGAUCGAAGGACAAGCGACCUGCUGUUGAAAAUGAUAAUGGGAAGCCUACGGCAGGAACUACUAGUUCACAAAGCGCAAAACGACAGAAUCAGGGAAAGCUUGUAUUUGGCUCAAAUGUGAACCGGCCUAAGGAUACACAACAGGAGGCGGCAAAAGAGUCUAAAUCAGAGGAUCCUGCAAAGAAAGAGGAGCCUACAUUCCAGGCUUUUACGGGGAAGAAAUACUCCUUAAGAGGUUAAUGUUUUUUUAUAAGGUUUAUGGUAUCAUGUGGUUACUUUGAGUUGAACAAAGGCAAGUGAAGGUAAAUAGACUUUUGACUAGUGGUGAAUAUGCAUUUCUUUGUACUUUUAAUAUCAGUUCACUUUGGAACUGAUCAAUGGUGCAUUGGGAAGUUAUUGAUACU